AUGAAUCCUUCCACCGCUUCCGACGAUGGUGAUCUGGCCGAGUCCUCGUACGAGUUCAUUAACACGGAUGACGAUUUGGAGAGCCAGGACGACCGCGCCACCGAGGCUACCGAGGCAGAGUCUCUGAGCUCUUUCGACUACGCCCGACCCGAUGACGUUCAUAGUCUGGACGGCAUCGAGCGGACAGAUACCGAAGACGAGGAUGAAGACGACGAGGACGAUGUUGCAGAGGACAGGUCCAGAGCUUCCUCUAUCCAAUACGCCGAGCAGAGCCUCAUGAACCCCUCCUCCCGCGUAGCCACACCCCCUCUGGAUCAUGCUUCUUUUUUCGAAACCCAAAGCCCCAUUUGCGUCAAGCCUGUGGAAGUCAAGCACGUCACCCACCACUUUUCGGAGCCCAACCCACGCCAGAUAUCCUCCAUAUCCGUUCGCCGUACCAUGGCCCAAUCAUCCCUCGAUGUUAAGGGCCCUUUCCGAAUCCUGUACAACGGCGACUCGGCAGCCGAGCACGAGAUUAUUCAAAAGUUCUCAUCGGCCUUGGCGGCUUCUACAUCACAGGAGCACUUUCUUGCUAAUUCCCUCAGUGUCCAGUACUACGACGCUGAGGAUGUUUCUGUCCCUCACGUCGCUGUUUUCUACAUCACCAAGGAUGAUGAUGAGACAAGCCAGAGCAUCCGCGAGGCGGCUUGGACAACGAUGCACGAGCGUGCCGUCCCUUGCGUCUUCGUCUCCGACACGGAGCUGUUCCAACAGCUAACCGAGAACUGGAAUGACAGGAUCGAUCCUCACGUCAUUCAUCAGUUUGUUGAGUUCUCUGACCCCGAGCUUGAGCCACUCAGACUUCCAAUCGACCUCAAGUCUUUCAAGGAGAUUGAUGCUCGUCAGCUGAACUACAACCUCGCUUAUCUCACUGGUCUCUCCAAGACUGCAGUUGAACUUGAGACGAGCAGGUAUGCGGAUCUCUACGGCCACUCUAUGAAGAUGGUUCGCAACUAUGCUCGGUACCUCGCCCCCAAGCUGGAAGACUUUGACGUCUGGACUGCUGUCCAAUACUCUGUCAUUUCGGGCAUCGUCUUUGCGGCUCUCCUGCUCGGCAACUGGCAUAUGGGAGGUUCUUCAAGCAUCGUACCAGCUGUCUCGACAACCACACCUGCACCACCGAUGUCUACAACCCCAGUUGCUGUGUCCACUUCGACCGUCAUCAUCAAUCUCACCUCGUCGACAGUUCGGGCUCCUCAACUGAAAACCACCCACAGCAGCGCCGUCGCGCCAUUCGCAGAGCUGGCAGACUUCUUCGCUGACAAGCUCCCAGAGUCUCAGAAGGGCUUUGUGUGCUCAGCCGAGAAAUACAGCCACAAUGAGAUCCUUGUCAAAAUCCCCUCGGGCACCAAGACCUCCUGGCUUGCCAAGGACUCUAUCUCGAUUCGCGCUCUCAAAGGCGACAGAUCUGUUAAGACCAAGUUGUCGUCGACGGACGAGGGUAUCCUCAUCGAGAUCCCCAAGAGGGAAGCCCACGGCGUUCUCACAAUUACCGUCAAUACCACACGGAAGCCCAAGGUCAAUGAGACCUUCUCCAUCGACUUCGGCAAGACAAUUUUGGGCCAGUGCUUUGGAUAUGGCAAGUCGGUGGCUAAUGUAUUCCAAGACGCUGCUCAUCGUGGAGUAGAGCAGGUCAUUGCUUUGGGGUCCUUGAAAACUUCGGUUGUGGAUGACAUUAGAGAAAUGUCCACGCGAAUCAGCGAAGACGCGGCCAAGACUGCGAACUACGUCAAAACCUCCUGGAACCCUGCAGCUCUGGCAGCGACAUGGCAAGGUCUUCGUCAUUCUCGCCAGACUAAGGACACCUUGGACUGGCUGGAUAUUAAGCAUAAGACAGCACAGAUCCAGUCCCGACUCUGGUGGUUGAAGAUCAGCCAACAGGCAGAGAAGUACGACAACUACCUCAUGAAGGCCAAGAAGUAUCUUUCGGACAAGAAGGCGACGGCCGAAAAGUCCAGCAAGGAACGCUUCGACAGAGAGAGGAUGGAGCUGCGAGCCCGCCGAAAGCAGGAGCGUCUGGAGGCUAGGUGCCAGUCGGGCUUCUCCCGCUGGACGCAGCAGUGCAAGCAGCAGGCCUAA